AUGAUGAAAAUGGAAAACGCCGUCGUCGAAGUGAAGGAGAGACUCGGCGGAUUGCGAACCAUGGAUGCGAAUUGUGUCAUCGCCAGCCACUACUACAGCAGCGCACGCCCCUCUGGACAGGGUUUACUGGAGGAUUCACUGAAGUUUUGGAAUGGUAAUCUUUGCAAUAUUAUGAUUCCGUUGAAUACAACGCAUCCACAACAUAAUGGACAGCCACCUCCAACAAUGGCUGUUUUUCCUACUGACCAAUUCAACGCAGUCAAUUCUUCGUGGAACAGCAAUCAGGAAAUAGCACGGUUGCUAUACUCAGCUCCAAACCAUCCAGAAUGGAUAGCGCAACAAGUUCCAACCAGACCACAGACAGGAACGCAGUAUAUGUUCUGCCGGUUUGAUGGUAAUUGGUUCAAGAUGGACGGAUAUGAGUGGAAGAAGCGCCGCGAGGGUAAGCUGGUUCGCGAGGAUCAUAUGAAGUUGAAGGUCAACAAGCAAGAAAUACUCUCAGCUAACUAUGCACACUCUUCAGUUGCUCCAACGUUUCAUAGAAGAGUUUAUUGGCUAACAAGUAAUUCGGACUAUGUCCUUGUACAUUACCUUAACACCGAGACCGAGACCGACUUGAAAAGCAUCAUGGAUAAAAUCUCGGCAUGUUUGAAACUCAAUAGCCUUAAUCUCACUCAACAACAGCUCAUAGAUCAGGUCUCACCAAUAUAUGCCAACUUACUGAGUCAGCAAGAUAUUGGCUACAUAUGCGAAAAGCUCUGCACUAAUCUCAGGUUUUCACCUCCAAGGCAGCUCGAUUCUGAAACGACGGUACAAUCAGGCAUGCCGGGUGCUGCUCAACAAAAUCAAGUAGCUUCUCAUUCGUCUCAUGGAUCCUCGCAUCACCUUGAACGAAGAAAUUCGUGCAGCUCGGCCUUCCGACCUGGCUUAUCAUCACUGAUCCUUCGGAGGCAACCGUCCACCUUCAGUGAUUCUGUGGAUGUUACUUAUGGAGGUGCAUCAACAAUGAAUGGUGUGAUGGAUGGUGCGCCGCUGAGAGAAAUGCUCAGCGGUUAUCCAGCAGAUGGGCGAUCUCAUUCUGGAGAGACUCACCGGAGUAGCAACCAGGACGAGGACAUGUCCACCAGUAUUCAACCAUCGCAAGCAGCGUCGGCUUCAUCAUAUCCGCCAGAUACUCAAGUAUCUGCGAGCUUGACGCCAAUUACGGACAUCACUCCCAACUCUGGAUCCGUUAAGGGUGGAACGAAGGUGUUGGUAGUUGGAGGCUGGUAUAUGAAAGGUCAUGAAUACACAGUUGUUUUUGGCGAACGCCGUGUGCCAGCUAGACUGAUACAAGUUGGAGUGCUCUCCGUUAUUCUACCUCCUGCGUCAGCCACCGGUAUUAUCCCCGUUCGGGUACUCUGCAAUGGUCAAGUGAUCUCUACAAGUAAUGAAUUUACGUACAGUGAAGAACCCGAGGAAUGUACCAUGGUAGCGCUACGACAGUGCAUGGUCGAUAGGCUGCAUCUCAUAGUCCAUGCUUUCGGAGCUAUGGAGAACUUGCAGUGGGUUGCAUCCAUCGACGAAGAUUCUGUCCUCUCAUUGCUCCAAAACCUAGCUGGAAAACGUCUUACCUUACCAAGCCUAUUAUCAGCGCAUCCAACACUUCCUUCUAGGACUAUUUUACAUAUUGCCGCUGCUCUGAACUACCACAAAGUCGUGGAACAUGUAUUGGCUUGGAGACGAAAUCUGCCAUACAGUCGGGAAUUUGAUCCGCUAGCCAGAGAUGGUGAAGGUCGGACACCUCUUCACAUCGCUGUUGCAUCUGGCCACGUUGCUUCAGCAAAGGUGCUGGUACGAGCCUGCAGGACUACUGUUGAUGUUUUGGACGACCGCGGAAGAACUCCAUGUGACCUGAGUUGCGACGAGCAAAUGAUGCGGCUCACAGCUCGCACAACCGAACGAGAUGCUGAUGAGCAGAGAACGCUGCCCAAAAAUGCCGAAGACGUCGAGCAUGUUACCUCAACGGCUUUGUGGGUGCUUACUAAUGGCGAGACGGUCACCGAUGAACACCUACUACGAGAUCGACUUCCACCUGAGGAUUCGAGCUCGUCGCUGAGCGAUGCUGCAGAUGAAGACAAUGAUCUGAAUGAGCCAAGCAGCAGCGCUAGAUGGUGUGAUGAGCCGCUACAUGUAGAGAUCUCUAUGGACACCGACGUUCAUGUUCCAGAUUCGCCAAAAAUGGCUGAUUUAUUUGAAGCUGUGACCAGUCCUGGAAUAAUGGUGAAUGACGGUGUUCGCGCCAAAAUGGCUUUGCUUGCACAACAGAUCAUCGAUGCUUUACCAGAUCGAAUAAAGAAUGAUCCUCAUCCUCUCAUUGACGAUGAUUCCAUAUCAGCUGAUGUGAGUGGCCAGUCGUCGUUUGCCUACCCGGAUCCCAACCCUUUUCUCUCACAUCUUUCACAUGAUGCACCAGCGGAUUGGGAGUUUCAGCAAUAUUUUGCAAAUAAUCAUUAUCGAGUGCCUAACGACAAGUCUACUGAAGAUGUGCUUUCGUCGUCAUUCUCCGGCCAACCAUCCAGUCCUUCGUUUGACCAAAAUCAUUUGUAUGCAAAUAAGACUGGAACUGGAACCAGCUCUUUCGGAUCAUCUCGUGAGAAUACCUUUGAGGGCACCAGUUUUGACUUCGAUAAAGAUCUGGGUGAAUUUUUCAAUAUGCGCGUUGAUGGUGAGGAGGAUCCUAUACGACAGCGUUUGGGAGAUCUGAAGUUGUCAGAUGGAGAACAGCGAGAAGUUUAUGGAGCAGCAAUGGUUAUUCAACGAGCCUAUCGAGAAUAUCGAGCUCGGAACACAAAUCGGCGGCAAGCAGAUGCUGAACGCAGAGCUGCCGUAACCAUACAAAGCUGCUAUAGGAGAUAUAAACAGUUUUGUUACUUCAAAAAGCUUCACAAUGCUGCCAUUGUUGUUCAGAAACAUUUCCGUUUGAAAAAGAUGAACCAGUCUGAGCAGUCUGCUUGCCAAACUACUGAAGUUCCAGAGCAUCCAACUUUGAAUGGACAAAGCAUUAGGAUUCAGGUGCCUCAAAAUAAUUCCACAUUGCUGAGAGAACAUCGUGCUGCCACCACCAUUCAAUUAGCCUAUCGUGGUCAUAGAAAACGGCAGGCGGCUGCACGUAAGAUUCAGAAGUUUAUGAAGGAAAGCCGAAUGAAGUUGCGCAAGAUCCAGGAGUUAAACGACGGCGGUUUGGGUGCGGGCCCGUUGGCGAUGCCCCAACAGCAACAACCCCCCAAAUUGCCAUCGAACCCACAGCAACAGCAGCAGCAGCAGCAGCUCACCACAUCGGUAACCCCCAUGGUCACACAGCCUCUAACUGGGAUUUCUUCGCAUAAUGUGGUCAUGAUUGAUAUGAAUGGCAAACGCUAAACUUGCCGACAAGUGUCUCAAUUUUUUUCUACACGUCGCCAUUUGAUGUUUGUUCAAUCGUUUACUCUCCAAGUCCUGUAUAGGCAUUCAAUGCAAAUAUGUCUAAUUCGCUUUCGGUAUGUCACCCCUAGUCCAUAUCUCAAAAGUUCUCAUUUUGUUAUAUAUAAAUUGUUUGCCAUUUUCCCAUCCUACGAGGUCUUUACCAAUAUGGAAUUCUUGACUUAUAUGUUGUACAGUAUAUGUGCAUUGUUAAUAUUUAUGCAGGUGAAUUCUGAUAUAGAGUGAGUCAAUAUAAAGUUUAUCGUUCAUAAAUAAUUA